CGGCCAUCUUGGAGGUGGCGAGCUGCUUGUUCUCCUUGGCUUGUUUCUAUCGGCUCGAAAUGGACGCGAGCAGCGGUUUAAGCGCCGACCCGGUGUUUAGGAUCACUGGCAGCGCGUCACCCUUCGCUGCGGGCCCAGAAGAAGUUCUCCGGUACCGCUCACCUCUCGUGUCUCGAUAUGCCAGCAAGGAGAUGGCCUUCAACUUUAGUGACAGCAAGAAAUUCCAGACUUGGAGGCGACUCUGGCUGUGGCUGGCACAAGCCCAGCGGGUAAAUAGGGCAGGGGCAAUAAGGGUGGUGGUCCUGGCAUGGGCAGUCUGUGGGUGAGCUUCAUGGUAUCUGCAACACGUGCCUGAAAUAAUAGCCUGGUUUCACUGCUGGGAUAUUAAUCCAGACUGUAUGCAGGGUUAUUCAUUUAAAGCGGCACUGUCACCCCCACAACACCUUAAAAAAACAACUUCUUGUAUUUUAUAAAGAUAGAAUCUUUACGAAACAUUCAUAUAGACUGUGUUGGAAUUUCACCAAAAUUCCAACCCAGUCACGGUAUACAAAGUAUGGACUACUUUGCCUCUUUAUAUUUACUACACCUGACACUUCUAGACACCGGGUGGAGCUACUGACAUCUAGAAGUGUCAGUGCCCCCCAGCUGUCACCAGUGACAGCUGAAGGGAAUUGGCUUUAUCUGUAGAGGGUCUCGCGGCAUCCUCCAUAGACCUCAAUGCUGUACUAUCACGCAUGCAGUGACGUUAGCUCCUGGCGCGGAAGUGGACCAGUCAAGAGAAGAUGGCAGCACCUUCGAGGGACAGGUUUAGGUAACUAAAACUUACCUUUACCUGCCAUCGGACCCUCAAUAGCAAUAUCACCAAAUGGGACUUUGCAAAGUCCGCAGAAGGUGACAGUGCAGCUUUAAAGGAACACUAUGGUAUUCCUAACAUUAUAGUGCUGGAGUGGCUGUUAAAGGACCACUCUAGGCACCCAGACCACUUCAGCUUAAUGAAGUGGUCUGGGUGCCAGGUCCCUCUAGGGUUAACCCAUUUUUUUUUUAUAAACAUAGCAGUUUCAGAGAAACUGCUAUGUUUAUGAAUGGGUUAAGCCUUCCCCCUAAUCCUCUAGUGGCUGUUUCAUUGACAGCCACUAGAGGCGCUUGCGUGCUUCUCACUGUGAUUUUCACAGUGAGAGCACGCAAGCGUCCAUAGGAAAGCAUUGUAAAUGCUUUCCUAUGCGACGGGCUGAAUGCGCGCGCAGCUCUUGCCGCGCGUGCGCAUUCAGCCCAGGCGGAGGAACGGAGGAGGAGAGAAGGAGGAGAGCUCCCCGCCCAGCGCUGGAAAAAGGUAAGUUUUUACCCCCUUCCAGAGCCGGGCGGGAGGGGGUCCCUGAGAGUGGGGGCACCCUCAGGGCACUAUAAUGCCAGGAAAACGAGUAUGUUUUCCUGGCACUAUAGUGGUCCUUUAAGGCCCCCUCAAAUUGCAGUGAAAAGGUUUUUAACUUACUUUUUCUCUGUUGCUGCUCUGGUCUCGUCUUCAUGGCCGAGAUCAUCAAUCUUUAUUAUCUCUGCCAAUCCAGUGCUUCCCCAUUGGAAAGCAUUAGGAGGCAAUUGCUCAUACACGAGAAAACUCUGCAACAAUUACCGUAUUUAUCGGCGUAUAACACGCACCUCAUUUUAAGAAGGAAAUUUCAGGGGAAAAAAACCCUUAAAUUUCAAAUAAAGAACUUCUUACCCCCCCUCCUCCUCUUCUUACCCCACCUGCCCCUCUUCUCCUGUGCUGGGCAAAGUUCCCAGUGCUACGUGGGCAGCCACACCAGGUCCAACCACAGGCUGCUCCUAAAGAAGCUUGUAUGUCGACCAUUUCACCGACUCAGAGCGCUUACGAGCAGUCUGAGCCGGCUAGAGGAGGGAGUCCUAUUUUUUAAAGGAAAUCCUGUUUUGGCAAUAAAUGAAUAUGGGGGAGCACACAGUGGUUGGGAGGGAGGAGAGAGAGCAAUCUUCACCUUGCAGGAGAAGAUAUUGACAUUUCUACAUUUUACAUUUACAUUUUUCUGGUUUGCCAGUUUCACGUGUGCUGGGUAUGUAAUGAUGCCCCAGCACACAAUUGCCAAUUACUCAGAAUGUGCAGUGUUUCAAGUUGAAACGUUGCACAUACAUACUCCUACACCCAUCACCACUUCAUUCUAUAAGUGCCAGGAAUACAAAGCUGUAUUCCUGGCACUAUAGCUGAAGAUAGAUACAGGAGAAAUAUGGCAGUGCCCACAAUGGAAUGAAUCUACUUCAGCUUCUCCCCUAGCUGUCACCAGCGGUGUCACCUUCAGGGAUCUUUGAAAAAAAUAUAGAAACUCUCUGCUAUGCUGCUAGAAAUCUGUGCUUGCAAUCAUACUUUAGAAUUCCCUGCUGCUUUCAUAAUAUUUUUUAUCUAACUGCCCAGACUGCACCACUCCCUUUAACAUCUUAUCAUUUUCUCAUUGGGUUGUACACAUUGAGGUUCGGCUCACUACCUGCUCACACUGUGCUGUGAAUACGCUUGCACUGUUACUGGACUAGUUCAGAUUGCUUUGUUUUUAUUGCAAAAUGAAGAUAACAUUAAUAUAUAGCGUUUAGGAUGCCUGGAUUGUUUAAUCAUAUAAUAGUCCAAUUUUUUUUUUUUUACUAUAUUGCUAGCCAAUUGUGUGCCGUAUUCUCCCUACAUGUGUUUAAGUUUAAAAGUUUGUUGAUCCCCCUACAUUUAAAGGAACACUAUAGGGUCAGGAACACAAACCUGUAUUCCUGACCCUAUAGUGUUAAAACCACCAUCUGGCCCCCCUUGCCUCCCUAAUAUAGUACAAUCUUACUUGUAUUUAAGUCUGCAGCUGCUUUCCAAUAGGAUUGGCUGAGAAUGUCAAGGAGGCAGAUCAGGGGCAGAGCCAGCACAAGACAAACACAGCCCUGGCCAAUCAGCAUCUCCUCAUAGAGAUGCAUUUAAUCAAUGCAUCUCUAUGAGGAAAGUUCAGUGUCUCCAAGCACUUGUGCAGCACUGCAUCAGGAAUUACCUCUAGCAGCCAUGUGAGGAGUGGCCAUUGGGGUAUCACUAGGCUGUAAUGUAAACACUGCAUUUUCUCUGAAAGGACAGUAUUACUGCAAAAAGCCUGAAGGAGAUGAUUAUACUUACCAGAACAAAUACAAUUAGCUGUAGUUGUUCUGAUGACUAUAGUGUCCCUUUAAAGCAUAUGUCACUUUUUAGUAUUUCAUAAAGAUAUAUAUCGCUUAUGAAAUACUGAUCAAGAAAGCAUUUGAAUGUCAUUAAAUAAUGAAAAAUACGUUUUAAAAAAUGGAAAUAAAAUAUACCUUUGCUUCAUGAAAUGGGUAAUGUAUAAAAUUCUAAGGGAUUGUUAAACCAGUAUUUAUGGAGAAUUGACAAGGGAAUUACAAUAUUAGGUUUGUUUGUAGUUUCAUCCCAGAUGAUAUUUUUAUUUUGAGUUGCUAUAUAAUCAGAUGAUUGCAAUAGAGUGACGGAACGGUUCCUUUAUUGCAGCGGCUUUGUAUUUUUAUACAAGUUGGGGGUGGAAUUAGCAGUAAGCUAUCUUUAGUUACAGAUUGGCUUCUCCAACCUCCUUAAAUACCAUCCUUAAUGCCCCACUGUCUUAGAGUAAUAUACCACUGUAUUUUAUGUAUCUUUUGAAAUUACAAUACUAUAUUCUUUAUAUUCCAUUCAUAGAAAAGUAAAAAUUCUAAAUAUUAAAUGGGGUCUGUUUUGAUAUUUAGUAAUAAUAGGUAUAUUGAAAUGGCAUGUUAGAAAAAGCCAGAUGUCCAUAUCAAUACUGAAGAGAGCAGGCAGAAUAUUUAAGAGUAUAUAAAAUCCCAUUGUUUUUGCAGAGCUUGGGACUUCCGAUUACCGAGGAGCAGAUCCAGGAAAUGGAGGCUAAUUUGGAGAACAUAGAUUUCAAGAUGGCAGCUGAGGAGGAAAAGAGAUUGCGCCAUGAUGUUAUGGCUCAUGUCCACACUUUUGCCCACUGCUGCCCCAAAGCAGCACCUAUAAUUCAUCUGGGGGCCACCUCCUGCUAUGUGGGAGAUAACACCGUAAGUGUGACUUCUUGACUAUGAGGUCAAUAUACUGAAAAUAUAGUGAGCGUUCACUACUAUAGAUACGCGUGUAAACAAAUCAUAAUGGUUAAUGGUGGUCCAGCACCUUUUUAUUUUUAACUCACUUUGUUUUGUGAAAUCAGGCUGCCUGGACAUGGACACUUGCCUAACCUCUUGGACAUAUUUUAAAAGUACACACUGGGCAGUAAAAGUGCAAGCAUUCAUCUGUGAGAGCCUUUGAUUUAUAAUAAAAAAUAAACAAUAAAUAAAGGAUAUGUACACCUGAUCCAUGUGUAGAAAAGUAAAUUCUCACUCAGCUUUAAAAACAGAGCAGAAUCUCUUAAUGAGUUUUCCAUUUACUUCCACAACUCGUUUUUAUUCUUAUACAACACCAAUGGAAGUACAGGGCUUGGAAAUCCGACAUGUCUUAGACAAUAAUGGGAUGACUAUAUGUAAACAAUGCUCGGGCUCUUAAUGAUAAUCACAGUUUACAGACUUUCUCAUUUUCUACUUUGCCAUUAGGAUCUUAUUGUUCUGCGGGAUGGAUUUGAUCUGCUACUCCCAAAGGUAUGGAUAAUGCCCGCCUUACAAAGGUUUAAAAUUGCAGAUCCUGGUAAAUGAGAUGUCAUGGUUUAUGUGUGUUCUUUAAAUGUACCUGUCAUCUCUAUUUUGUAGCUUGCUCGGGUUAUAAGCCGCUUGGCUGACUUUGCAGAAAGAAAUGCUGACCUCCCAACACUAGGAUUCACUCAUUAUCAGUGAGUAUAACGGCACUUGGGGAAAACACCAGUUUGUGUCACUUGGCUUUUAGCAAAACACAUUGUUAUUGUACUGAUCAAAGGAUUGAAUGUAGGUUUGCACAAAUAUUAUAAUCAUACAGAUCUAAUAAAUCACUUGCUAAGCCAGAUACGACAACUUAGAUGGAAAACUUUUUUUUUUUUUUUCUUUUUUUUUUGGUUAUUCACAAAGCAAGCUUCUAUUGUAAAUGUGUUGGACAGAUUUGUCUAGUUUAGAUUUAAAUGUUUUAUAUUCAGCUCUGAAAGCAAAAAGACAUUUAAGUUUAUAUUAGUACACAACCAUCUUAUUGUCUUUUGAAAGGCAAAUUUAAAUUACAUUUUGAGGAUUUUCCAGACUCCAGCCUGAAUUACAAGGGUAGUACAGUACCUUUUCAAUACAACUGUUGUUCGGAAUCAUAAUAAAUUGCGUACAAAACUGCCAAAGUAAGCUUUAUGUACUGAGACCGCAUUUUCAUAAGAUUGUUCUUUUGAAAAAGGUUUAAGUAAAGACACAUAGGUUAAAAGCAAUCCUAAACUGAUGUCUGCAUGCGCUGGUUUGUGCACGCUCAUCCAUCUGGUCUGAGGUCGGUGUGGGAGGAGCCAAGAAGAGCUUGCAUGCCACUUCGUUAGCACAUGAGAGCUGCAAACCUCCCUGUCUGUCUGACAGCCAGUGGAGUUCCUUAGUUAAUUUAUAAAAGUGCCGAUUUCUCAUAGAAAUCAGCGUUUUAUAAACUGGGGUUAAGCUAGGGUACUCCUCAGCCAUAAAGCACUCCAGCAAACUGAAGUGCUUUUGGGAUGUUGAGUGGCGAUUUAAAGUGUUACUCCUCCAACUCAAAACCAGUAACCCUUCCUGGCAUGGUCCCCCUCAUAAAAGCUAAAAAUCAACCUCAAUCCAGCCCUGAAGCCAAGUUCUACCAGAAGCCUGAUCUUCCUUGUGUGAUAUUAUUUCCACUCGCUGAGGGAGGGACUUGGGCGACACCAUCACUGGUUGCUUGCUAUGCUCGUUGAUGACACAAGCCAAAUAUCCUCAUUUAAUAUUAGCUAGGCUGGAGGUGUCUUAAGUCUCCCUCCAGCAGCUAUGUGCUUUAUCCAGACUCCAAGCAUCAUAACCACUUAAAAUCACUGAAGUGGUCAUUGUAUUUGGAAAAAACACUUUAAGAUUUAAAAAAACAUCCUUUCUCCACUGCCACUUGUGUAGCUGUCCAUAUAUGGAUAUGUCUCUCUCUGUGCUGGUCAGCUUCUGCAGCUUGCACAGACUGAUUAUAUGUGAAGCCACCUGAGAGGGAUAGCCAUUUUAAAAUCUGUAAUGCUUCAGUAUUUUCAAUGGGCAUGUACUGAUAUGAAGGUAAGAUUAUAACAUGCCCCUCUCUUUGCAGGCCUGCCCAGCUGACAACUGUAGGAAAACGUUGCUGCCUUUGGCUGCAAGACUUGUGCAUGGACCUACACAACCUGGAACGCGUCAGGCAUGAGCUGAGGUUCCGUGGAGUGAAGGGCACUACGGGGACUCAAGCCAGCUUCUUACAGCUCUUUGAGGGAAACCAUGAAAAGGUGUCAUAGUGUUUAAUUUCAUGAGGAAGUUAAUCUAACUUCACAUUGAUGCAAAGGGAAUUUCUCCAUGUGUCUUGCAGUGAUAUUCCCUUAUUAUUCUGUACAGUUAUUGAGCACUUUUGUAGGGACAUUAUGUAAUAAAUGGAUGGGCCUCAGUGGUAGAUACCUUUUUAUCGGGUGCUAUUCAAAUGUUACUUUCUUCACCUGUCAGAGAUUAAAUAACCUGCAUGGUCACUGCUGUAAAAUUCUGAGUACUCGGCCACCUUGUGGUCACUACAGCCACCAUCCAGACAUUUUUUGUUUGGUUGCAAAUCCCAUGCAUCCAAGCAGUGAUUCGACAGCUCCUAUAUACAUAUAAAUGCCAUAUGAAUGUUGCUUUUGAAAGUCUAUGAAACAAUGAAGAUUAUUUUAUGCCACGAAUAUUCUUAACUUUCCUUAAUACUUGCAAAUUCGUAAGCACAAGCAAUGUGACAGUUAAGUCCUACUCUUAAAUAACCUAUACAAUGGAUGAGCGAAAGGGAGAUUUUAAUUAAAGAACCCCCAAAAAAUUUAAUUGAACCUAAAGUAAUUGCAAACUUUCAAGCAGUGUGCGCAAUUUCCAAAAUGUAGAGAUAUAUAGAGUAGACAGAACAUUUUCAGGUUUUCUAGAUGGACUGUUGCCCCAUCUUCAGUUAGAAAAAAUAGAAAUUCAGCGACACUGAUGCUUGACAAAUACACUAAUAUAGAAUAGUAAAUAAAAGGAGGCAAGUUGCCGACUAUUCCUUUUUUUUUUUUUUUCACAAUGUGGAAUACAUUCUCUCUCUCUCUCUCUCUCUCUCUCUCUCUGAUUGAACAUGAAACAAUUAUUCAUGGAAGCUGUGUGGCUCACAGCCGGGGAAGGUCUGGCUAGGGCUAAAAAAACAGAAACAAAAGUGAUUAACCUCCUAAAUGGCAAAAAAAUGAUCAGUGAGACUGUAGAGACGUUAUCUAUUCUCUAAAAUAGCUUCAUUAUGCAAAGGCUGUUUUGAUGUUCCAUACCUCUUUAACCCCUUAAGGACACGUGACAUGUGUGACAUGUCAUGAUUCCCUUUUAUUCCAGAAGUUUGGUCCUUAAGGGGUUAAUGAACUCCUACUAAACCCAAAGGCUACAUUGUACUAGGGACCGGGUUGUAGCCUGGGCACUGUCUGAAUUAACCAUUUACUUGCACUUUAGCGGAUUGUAAACCCAGCAGGAUCCAGUUCUGUGCUGUUACGAACCAUCUGUUGCAGUGCAUUUUGUUAACAUCACUUUUGAUGGACAAUGAUGUUUCUGUUGCCUAUUCACUCACCUGUGAAAUGUUUUAAAUCUGUUUGAAAAGCAUAAGGAGACCUUAAAAAAAACUCAUUCCUUGUUUGUCUGGUAGGUUACUUGAUGGAGAGUAGUGAAGAUACAGACCAUGGUUAUUGCAUUAUUUUCUGCCUUAUAAAAUUAAUUUGAGUUUAGAUAUUGAGCUCAAUGUCAUUAGGUCUGUGACAGGUUGGCUUAGUCCUUUGUUUUUUAUUUUAAUGUUGUCUUUUUCAUCAGGUGGAAGAGUUAGAUAGAUUGGUGACCUGCAUGGCAAACUUCAAAAAGUAAGUAGAAGCACCUAUGUGCCCUGUGGGGCAUGUAAGACAGUUAAGCAUAUAGUCCUGAUUCCAUCCCACCCUUUUAUAUGUAAAGUUUUUUUCAACAAAUAUAUAUAGAUUUAUUUUUUUUUAAAAACCUAAUUGAUAGCUAUCUUUUAUUUUUUUAUUUUUUUUUAUAUAUGUAAUUGGGUCCCACCCAUCCCUUUUCGGCUUGACAAAGACCUCUUGGCAGGUCAAAACAUUGCUUUUCGCACACUGAGUGCCUGGAUAUUUUCUGUUUGUUGCCACCCAUCCCUUUUGACACACAAAAAAAAUAUACUUUACAUUAUUGAGCAUGUUUUGUGUUUAAAUCAUAAGAUGAUUUUUCCUUUAGAACGUAUAUGGUGACCGGGCAAACGUACAGUCGCAAGGUGGAUGUCGAGGUGCUGUCUGUACUGGCCAGUUUAGGAGCAACGGUGCAUAAGGUAGGCAAAUUGAUCUGAUUCCUGUUAUUGUUAUGGAAUUGUUCUUAAUCAAUACAAGUUUCCUUAUCUCUUUAGCACCGGUAAAAUGAUAUAUGUAGUUGUGUUCUUUUGUUUUUUAAAACCUCAUUCUAAAAAGAUAAAUGAGAAAAUUACUACAGAGGCAGGAGUGACCAGAAAGUAAGUACCCCCCUUAACACUGGCAAAGUACUGUGGGAGAUGACGUUUUAGAACAGCAGAAAAUCUAUAUUUUGCUUUUUGUUCCUUAGGCUUCCUAACAAGUGCAGGAAUUAUAGAAUGCCCUUAUUAAGCAUUGACAAAUAUAAAUAAUCUAUUUACAAUUUACUACCCUGUGUAUGACUGCCAAGGAACAGAGUUCACUAUUACUGACCUGGAAUGCAAAAUGCAGGGUCAAUUUGCUUCGGGGGCAGGGGGGGAUUUCUUAAUGGUAUUUCUAAACAGAUAACAAUAACAAAGUAUUCAACCAGGAAAGGUACAUUCAGGUUACUUUGGUUUUCAAGUACGUCCUGGGGAUGUUACCGUAGCGCAAUAUCCAGGGGUUGUCAAUUUGAAUAAAUUAUUACAAUGGUAAUAGUCAGGAAUGCUAAUUAGUGUUUUGUGAGAAAUGUGUUGAUUAUUUGGAGUGGAUUUACACGUACUUAUUAUUAAUUUAUACAUUUUACCAACCAUUGCUUCCUCACUAUUACAAGUUAAUCACAAAUCGGUAUCAUCUCCGCUUACCAUUCUUCUAAAUAGUAAAAGGUGAAAAAUUAGAAAAUUCAAAGAACAUGACGUCCCUGCUUGUUUAUCCCACUUUCCCAGCUGCGGCCCUCAAGAACAAUAUCUCUGAGGCCGGCAAUCUUUGAGAAGUAGAAGGUCAUUGUGUAUUUGAAUUGCUGCAGAGCACUUUUCUGAGCAUGAUUCAGAUUGCAGCAGACUCUGAUCCUUUAGUCCUUCUGGACAUAGUGACAAUCCCACCACAAUACUACUCAAACAAAAUUCAUGUAUGAAACAGCGCAUUCUAGAUGAUUAGAGAAGAACGAUGAUGUAAUUUCCCACGCUAAAGGUCUUGGAUCCUAGUCAGUAGGAAUAUAAAAGAUGCGUAACAUUCUUUUGAACCGGCCAAACUGAGAAUUGACCUGAGCCAUUCAAUUGAAGUCUGGUUGUGAAGGAACACUCUGCUACUUCUCUGAAACCUUCUAAAGAUUGAGCUCACCUCCCAUGACUAGGAUAAAUAGUCUCCUGCUUGGCAGCUCUCCCAGCUGUAAAAUAUUCAUUGUUUGUUUUUUGCUGUGAAUGUGAGAAAGGCUAGCUCUGUAGAUUAGUUCUGACAUGGAUAUGAUAAACAACCUCCGCUUUGGAACAUAUACAUAUCAGGCGUCAUGAAGCUGGACUGAGAACAGUGAAUUUUUUGAGCUGCUGUUCAUUUGAAGUCCAAUAUCUUUAAAACAUCAUUAUACAUCUAGAGCCAGGCAAUUAAAAUUUUAGGCACUCACUGAGUAUCGACACCGCAAUUACACUGAAAAUAAUGGUAACAAACAAAAUUACUCCUAAUAAGGGCGAAAGGAGGACAACAAAUUGGAGACUAUAACUGUAAAGAAAAAAUAUACCUUUAACACACACAUCACUUGCUAGAAAAGUCUUAUCCAUGUGGGGUUUCUAAGCACACAAUUCUGCCAGCCUCUUGAUUUUAUUGAUCAAAAAAAAUAAAAAAUGUAUGUAUGUAUGUAUAUGUGUGUGUGUGUGUGUGUGUGUAUUUUAAGUCAUUUUAAGUCACAAUCUGUUUCAGAUAUGCACUGAUAUCCGUUUGCUUGCCAAUCUGAAAGAAGUAGAGGAGCCUUUUGAGAAGGACCAGAUUGGUGAGUGCAGUUGUAAUACUUACCUGGUGUGUCUGUAGGUAUAAGAUAUAGUAUUGUAGAGUAAACGGUUUUUCGUAGAUGUGUUAAAGUAUAAAGGUGGGAUAUAAUGUCUGCCUUUCAUAGUGUCAUGGAGCCUUGCUUUGCUUUGUAUUUAAAUGUAUGCCCUAGUGAAUAAGGAGUAUCUGCCCAGUUCCUUUCAUCGAAUAGCAUACGUUUUAGGUAAAACAGGAUGAAAAUUCCCAUUGAACAAGGUACAUAAAACUGGAUCUGGUAAACUCACCCAAAUCACUUUGAAGAAAGACUUUGUAAAUAGGCCCGUGUCCAAAAUCAACGCAUGUAGAAGGAAACUUUGUGGCUCACCAGAUUAAAUCAUUGUGUGUAAAACCAAUUAGCACUGUUCCACUCUGACAAACUAGGGGAUUGUAAAUUACUUGCCAGAACUAAUGAAUAGAGAAACAUGGAUGCUGUCCAGGAAGUAGGAGGGUCUGGGAGGGAGGGUCUGCUGGAGAUUGGCCGGGACGUGUCAGCUGACCGGAGUAACCGUUCGCGAGAAGUUCGCGGACGGUUCGCGACAUCUCUACUAAUGAAGUGGUCUGGGUGACUAUAGUGUCCCUUUAAGCAUCCAGAACAUAGACCAUCCGAUCAGUCUGAAGACAGCUUCUCCAAUGGGUUUAUCCUUGUUAGAAUAGAUGCAUCAUAGGUAAGGUGGCACUUUACAAAACCUUGUUAAUAGAUAAGUUAAACACACUAGAUAUAGUAAGUAAUUCAGUAAACUUUCAAUGCACUGCAAAUUUAACUGAAAAUGACUAAAACACAUGGUAACAUGCACAUUUACAAUUAAAACAUUUCAUAGAUCGCAAUAAACCAAACUGUAUCUAAUUUCCAAAGAUACCUUAUUAUGUACACAUUAACAAAUUAUUUUGAGAAGGAUGCAGUAUAUGUACUAUGUGGGUAUAUUAAUCUCCAGUGUAUAUACAGGAAAUCUACUUGGUGUAACCAAAGUUAAAGCACUGCUCUCUUUACAAGAAUAAGAGAAAAAAAUUAAAAUAAAAACACAAAAUACCCAAGUUGAUCAUGCAGGCAGGCAGACAUGUAUUUUGUUUCUUAGGUAUGACUGAUAAGCAAAGGAAAUACUGUUAGAAUAUAUCCACAUUUUCCGAAUUUCAGCCAUUUUUAUUUUUUUAUUCUGUUGGUUUACAGUAAAUAAUCAAAUCCAUCAUCUUUAUAGAGUGAAAAAAUUAUUUUUUUUCCUGUAGUCAGAACAUGCUCACGCUGCAGUGAACACUGGUAUCUUCUGUUCCAGUGGACAGAAGAGUUUUUGUAUUACAGCCAUAUCGUGCUUCAAAUGAUGGAGCACAGUUACAAUGUGGACAAAACUUUUCAGUGAUGUUUACCACCAGUGGUAGGUCAUGGUCUCCAUCAAAAUCCACAAUCACUGUAAGACAAAAGACAAAACUACAUCACUUCUUGCAAACUGUGUUUUUAUUGUGCCAUUGGCACCAUCACUUUGGUUGAUAAGCCUGGCUGUUUUGACCAAUAUAAUAACACCUUGCUCACUGUUUAUGUUAAUAGAUAUGACUUGCAAGAAAUGCUGGGAUUUUUUCCUAUUACUGUAUUUUUCGUUCCAUAAGACGCACCUCACCAUAAGACGCACCUAGUUUUUAGAGGAGGAAACCCAGAAAAAAAAAUAUUCUGAACUGUUCCAUAGUGUUUCUUACUAUGGGACAGUUUGUUCAGAAUAUUUUUUUUUUUUUUAAAGGAAUUUUUUGUUCCGUACCACCCACUCCCCUCUCCUGUCCCAUAAUGAUCUUUAACCCCCUCCUCCCCUGUCCCAUAGUUAUUUUAACCCCCCUUUCCUCUGUCCCAUAGUGAUUGUUAACCCCUCCUCCCCUUGUCCAAUAGUGUCCCCCCCCCUUGUCCCAUAGCGCACUUUCCCUCCCAUAGUGUCCCACCCUCUCCUUGUCCCAUAGUGUCCCACCCUCUCCUUGUCCCAUAGUGUCCCACCUUCUCCUUGUCCCAUAAUGUCCCACCCUCCCCUUGUCCCAUAGUGUCCCCCCCCUUGUCCCAUAGAGUACCCCCUCCCCUUGUCACAUAAUUACUUACCUGUCUUGUAGCGUGGGCCUGCUUCACAGCGCGCUCCGCGGUACAGGAACUUCAAGUUCAGGGUCCGGUUUCCGGCGGGACUGAAAGGAAGUGCACACUCAGUGUGCACACUUCUUUUCAGUCCCGCCGGAAACCGGAACCUGAACUUGAAGUUCCUGUACUGCGGAGCACGCUGUGCUGCCGGCCCACGCUACAAGACAGGUAAGUCCAGCUUCACAUUCGCUCCAUAAGACGCACAGACAUUUCCCCUCACUUUUGAGGGGAAAAAAAGUGCGUCUUAUGGAGCGAAAAAUACGGUACAGUUUUGUUGAUUUGUGUUUCUUGAAGCAUCUCUGUAUUCUGCACAAAAGCGGCACGGAAGCAUAACGUUAGAUGGCUCUCUGCCCUCUUCAUAGCCAAUGAGGUUGUUCAGGUAGCCAGGAGUUCUCCAGUUCGACAAAUGAAUUAUAAUUUUUUUGAAGUACAGAUGGCUAUGUGUCUAUAUAAUCCAUUGGUGGUUAUGCUCCUUCACUUUAAAAGAUCUAAAUUUAUACUAUCAUACUGCACCCUUAUGCAUCGUAACAGUAGUAGUAAAAUGUUCCCUAUUUAAAAGUCUAAAAUGUUCUUUUAAUUACAAUUCACUAUGUGUGUUUAUUUCCGUGAGCUAAUCAUUGCUCCCUUUCCAGGAUCUAGUGCAAUGCCAUACAAGAGGAAUCCUAUGCGGUCAGAACGUUGUUGCAGCUUGGCUCGUCAUCUCAUGACCCUAAUCAUGAACCCCCUCCAGACUGCCUCUGUGCAGUGGUUUGAACGCACACUGGAUGACAGCGCUAAUAGGUAAUUCAAAGUAAUUACUGAUCAUGUAAUUAUGUCCACCUGUCUCAGGCUUGCUAGUGACUUGUAUUUCAUAAGGGGGAGGAUGGGGACAAUAAUAGGAGAGUAUAGACUAAACAACUCGGCUAAUGUAGAGCAACACGGUUAUCUAUCAUAACAAUGAGUUUUGUUUCUUCCCAACAGGCGCGUGUGUUUGGCUGAAGCUUUUUUGACUGCCGACAUUGUUCUCAGCACUCUGCAAAACAUCUCAGAAGGAUUAGUGGUAUAUCCAAAAGUAAGCUUAUAUCAUUAUGCACCCAACUGGCAAGAAAUUGCGAGAAUAAUUUGUCGCUGAUGAUAACAUUCCUUUAAAGUGUUGGUUUUGUUGUUAAAGGGAAACUCUAGUGCCAGGAAAACAAUCCGUUUUCCUGGCACUGCAGGUACCUUCUCCCAUUCCAGGUAGCUGAAGGGGUGAAAACCCCUUCAGGUCACUUACCUGAGACCCCGCCGAUGUCCCUCGGUGGUGGUUUCGGGUCGGCGUCGCUCCUCCCAGUAAUCGCGUCGGCCGGUGGGCGAGACGGAUCCCGCCCGCCGGCUGAGGAAACCUAAUGCGCAUGCGCGGUAAUGCCGCGCACACGCAUUAGGUCUCCACAUAGGAAAGCAUUGAGGACAUCCAGCGUGAGGACAUCCAGCGACUCUCUAGCAAAGAAAAUCUUUGCUAUCAACGCAGAAGUGCCCUCUAGUGGCUGUGUAGUAGACAGACACUAGAGGUGGAGUUAACCCUGCAAUGUAAUUAUUGCAGUUUAAAAAAAACUGCAAUAAUUACAGUUGCAGAGUUAAGAGUAGUGGGAGUUGGCACCCAGACCACUCCAAUGAGCAGAAGUGGUCUGGGUGCCAGGAGUGUCCCUUUAAUGUUUCAGUGUAGAUAGCUUAUCCUUGGUAUUUACAACAAAAUAAACUAAGGUGGGUGUCCUGCCCUGAGAUGCCUCCCUUUGAUUGAUGGAUAUCCAGUAGCCUCCACUCCUACUUAUUCCUAUGGCUGCCGCCUAUCCAAAUAACCAGUCAGAGGGAAGCUACAAUGAAAAAGGAGAUGUUGGUAGUAUAAAUCUGUUGUGUACAACCAGGGAGGCAUGCUGGUGCUUUGCAAGGCCAUCUAGCUAGUUACAUGCUCACCUCAAGUGGUUGUAGUUGGAUAUAAGGGUACAGGUGAUACAAGUAAAAAAAUGCUGUGGUUCUACCACAGAGAGAAUGGGGAAAAAUAGGUUGAAUAAAUCUAACCUUCCUUACAGUGAGUCUGUCAUCCACAAAUCGUACAGAUGACGGGUUCAAAUCCAGGUGUGUGUUUGUGUAUAGGUAUGUAUGAAUAUAUAAAAUAAGUAGAGUGCCUUGAUGAAUUUCUUGAGGUAGGUGUAGUCUCAGAGGUAGUGGGAUAUGUAAAAACAGAAGAAUACAGCAGAAUAUAGUGUAGUACAUCUUGCGUAAAGUAAGAACAUAACAAAUAGAAUUGCACUUACAGUUUGUAGAGCAAAGGUAGCUCUAUCUGAAUAUGCUUGGGUGGUACAAUCCACUAGGGAUAUUCUGAAACAUUGACUGUACCUUUGCACUAAUAAAGGAUACAUUGCACAAGACUACAAGCCCUCUGAGUGCAUUUCUCUGGAACGUUGUAUUGUGGCACGAAAUAACACAGAAGCAAAAACAGGACAGGAAUGCGAGUGCCAAGCCAAUGUUGGAUAUAUAUAUAUAUAUAUAUAUAUAUAUAUAUAUAUAUAGAGAGAGAGAGAUUCCCAGGAGUAAGGGUGUCCCAAGUGAGUGAGUUACCCUCAUAAGAGCAGGCAUUAGGUUGCUAGGAACAACUGAUAUUGUGGCAGGCAGCAUAUGAUCAUAUGCUGUAACUAACCCACAUCAUUUUUGCCUAGGUGAGGUGUUUUAAAAAAAAAAAAAAAUUACAUCACAUGCAGUUGUAAAAGCUUGUUUAUAGAUUAAAAGAUAGCUUUGCAGACUUUAUUAAUGCAUAGCUUUGCACCCUGCAUAUCUCAAAAACAUAACAAAAGUACUGACUGUAUAUGACCAUAUAAGUUUGUGUUGAAACAUCUUAAAUUGAAACUAUAGUGCCAGGAAAAUAAACUAGUUUUCCUAGCACUGUAGCUUCCCCUGCUGUCAAGGCCCCCUCCCGCGGCGCUAAAGGGGUUAAUAACCCCCCUCAGUCACUUAAGCUCUUCUGCCACUGCCGGCCGCUGGCGGGGGAGACCUAAUGCGCGUGCGCGUCAAUAGCCGCGUAUGCAUUAGACCUCUCUAUAGGAAAGCAUUAUUCAUUGCUUUUCUAUGGGGAUUCCGGCGACGCUCGACGUCCUCAUGCAGAGUGUGGGAAUGUCGAACGUCAUUUAAAACACUUUUCCUGCUCUAAGAACAUGGAAGCACCAUCUAGCGGCUGUCUGAGAGACAGCAACUAGAGGUUGGAUUAGCCCUGUAAUCAAAACACUGCAGUUUCUCCAAAACCGCAGUGCUUUGACUAACAAGGCUAUUGGGAGAGGGGCAAGGCACCCAGACCACUCCAAUGUGCAGACGUGGUCUGGGUGCCUACAAUGUCCCUUUAAUUUGUGCAAUAAAGUAUCCAUGUACUCAUGGGUUCUUGUAUAUAGUUCCAGGAUCCACUUGUAGAGAGGUCUCUCUUUCUCUUAAUAAGUCACCGUGUUAUGAACUGCACAUCUCUGGAAAGUAGACAACUGAAGAUUCCACUGGUGCAACAAUGGAUCUAGAGUGGCCAGACCCUUUGUAGAUACAGAAAGAAAAUAAAGGAUCCAAGCACUUCAUUUAGGUUAAUCCUCUCUGCAAUGCUUGGAUCCUCUAUUUUCUCUCAAUUAGCGACUUCUCAGUAUAUUUACAGUGAAUCUCCGAGAACCAAAAGCCAGAACCUUGGCGCCCUUCCGAAGAUGUCAAGACUUCUCUCAAUUCCUAGCAUGCAGAUGCUAUGUUAUUUGGUUCUGUGACAGCUGCUGUCUUAGCAGCUAAAUCCAGAAGGUCAAAAAAAAGACAGAAUAACUGUUCAACUUCCUAUUUGCAAGCAUACUGAAAUGUCAUGCUUUUUAAAGAGUGUGACAGGUGUGCUUUAAGGGUAGGAAGAGAAUGCUGCCCACAUUAGGAGAAUGUGGGUAGCAACUCUUUUGAAAACACUUGGAGGAGCUGUUCCGAGAUAUUUUUUUAUUUAUUUAAAAUGUAUUUAUUUUUCUCAUGACAGACCUAAAGUAGGGUGGUGCACUAAUUUAUCAGAAACCUCCCAGAACAAUCUUUUUAGAACUUGUGUUGGGGACAGUGUUUACAUGUCUGAAUAUCAAUCCGCUUUGCCCAGAAAUUCAUUCUCAUUAAGAUAACAUUAACAGUUAUCUGCAGGUGAGCCAUUAACUCCUUAGAAUUAAUGUACCGACAAUCAUUUAAAUGGAAGAGAGAACACUAGAGCAUGUGACCGUUUUCCUUUAAAUCACCUCCUAUUUCACCCAUUCUGAAGUGGUUCCGAGCAUAUAACAAAAUGGUGACAAAGUAAACAUGAAUGGAAAUAGUUAAAAUGCCUGCUGCAAAAAAUCCAAAGCAAUGGCAACUGCCUAAGAGCAACCUCCUGUAGUAGUUAUAGUGCCAACAUGCCUCUGUUUGUGUCUCCCAUCUCUGUGUCAAACUGUUUUUAAAUGCUUUGCCAAUAGAUGUCCUCUAAAUUUGAAAAAAUAGAGUGAAUUCGGAAGAGUAACUUUUGCAAUAGCAAUACACCAAACAACGGACCAUUUUUAUCUAAACUGCUUGAAAACGCAGGCUGUAGUGGUUAUUUUGCUUAGGAGUUAACAUUUGGUAUCUACAGGCAUUACAACAAUCUGAUUCUUUCUCUCUCUUGGGCUAAAGUGCAUUUUAUUAAAUGUAUUUAUCUUGUUAAAGGAAUGUUUGUGAUUUCUCAUUCACAAUUAAGUGAUAUUUUCAUGUAUGUACAUUACAAAAAGACAAUGUGUGGUGUUUUUCCUCUAUUAUGAGUUUGUAUUGAAACAGUAAUGUUGAGCUAUAAAAUAUGAAUGAUAUUUCUCAGACCAAAAUAGCAUCUGUAUAGCAUUGCAGAUUAUUUUGUUUGCAGUUUGGUUAACAUAGUGGAACAAUGAUUGAUAGAGCUCUGGAGCUGGGAAAACAGAUGAACACUUUUACUUUUUAUUCACUAGACUCUGAAUUGUAGUGAAUUGAUAUUCAAAUUGCAAAAUGUAGGAAAAAACUGCUGUUUUGGAAAAAAUAAAUUGUCAGUUCCGCUGUAGUACAGCUUGGCUAUUUUAUUUUAAAUGUUGCCAUUUGGAUUUUCAUUUGCUCUGUAUCAAAAAGUGAAUAUAUGCACACUGGGGCUUUCAGAAUCUCAAAUAUGUCUCGAGCUGCUUUCUUCUAAUGAUUACAGCAUUUGGUAUUUGGUUUUUGUAAAUCUUGAUGCUGAUGCUAACUUUUCUUGGCAGGUAAUUGAGAGGCGAAUCCGUCAGGAGCUGCCCUUUAUGGCCACUGAAAAUGUGAUUAUGGCUAUGGUGAAGACUGGAGGCAAUAGGCAGGUCAGUUCCAUGCGGAGUGGUUUUUAAUCUUGCUCUUACAAAGAUUAAUAUUUAGCAGUUUUCAAGAUCAGAAUGACUUGAGCCAUCUAGUUUUGCUUUUGUGAAACAUUAACCCCUUAAGGACCAAACUUCUGGAAUAAAAGGGAAUCAUGACAUGUUACGCAUGCCAUGUGUCCUUAAGGGGUUAAUUGAGCACCCUCCACAGCAUGGCAGUCUUAAUUCUGUUUUAUUUAUAUUUACUGUUGUAGCCUCUAGGGAGGUAAUUAAAAUAUAUAACACAAGGUAAAAUUACCAAACGUUUUUAGCCAUUGUAUUUUGCAGAUUUUCUGUGGACACCUCAAAAUCGUCAUGGUAUAGGUUGUUUCUGACACUUGCAAGGAUGUUACUUUAUCACAAAAGACCACCAAGGAUAAAUUUUUUUGGGCCUCUCCCACAUCUAUUGUCUUAAGCUUCUCCAAAAACCCUCACCAUAUUCCAUGCCCUAUGUUAAACCAUAAGCCCCAACAUGGUCAUGGAAUCCCAUUAGGACACCAAAUCUUUUAAAGGAUCCACAGUAUGUUAUUAAUUAACAUGCACAACUUCUGCAUUAAUCCCACACUACACUACAUUAACAACACAUUUGCAGCAUUAAACCUGCACCCACAGAAGUACCCCCACAAUGUCCUCUAUAAUUAAACCCAAAUAUGGAACAUUCACAAAUCAUUGUGUAAUAGGAGCAGUUAUAUCUCACUUAAUAGUACAGGACUUGGGUUUACCUAUGAUAUGAUGCCAAAAUAGGUCCUCCCAGUCCCCAAGCAUGUACCCUCUGCUUAACCAUCAUAUACUGAAGACCUGUCUUUUUCACUAUCCUCUAGGACUGCCAUGAGCGGAUAAGAGUGCUUUCUCAGCAAGCAGCUGCUGUCGUGAAGCAGGAGGGAGGGGACAAUGACCUUAUUUUGAGAAUCCGAUCUGAUCCCUACUUUGCCCCAAUACAUUCUCAGUUGGAGCAGCUUCUUGACCCAAAGUCCUUCAUUGGCCGGGCACCACAGCAGGUCAGAAUCAUGAUGCUGAUUUUGUUAUUGUUUCUGCAGCAGACAUAAAACAUAAUUUAAAAAACAAAACAUAGGUAAAAAUUACCAAAACAGGUGAACUUAUAGCCAUCACGAAAAAAUGUAUAAGUAUCAAAAUAACUUUGUGUUUUAAAAUCAAUGCAUAAAAUUAUUUCUAACUUCUUACACUGUAUGUACAUUGUAGUUGGUCUAAAUUUUAGCCUUACAACUAGUUGAAGGAUUGUGGUGUUUUCGCGUAUAGCAAUUUACAUCCAUACACACAGGAAAUAUAAAAUGUCAAAAAGGAAAUGGUACAAUUUCAGCUCAAACUUUCAAAACACAUAAAAAUCACUGCGUAAAAUUAUACAUAGUUUACUUAUAGACAUAGACUAUAGAGCCGGUAUGUGGGGUCACUUACCAAAGGGUGUUUGGCAUGGGGCUGUAAGCCAUGUAAAUCAGAACUGUGGGAAUGCUGGCUGCCCUACUCUCUACCAGCACAUAUACAGAAUAGAUUGUUAAUUUUACCUGUGCUGAGUCUGCUUUAAUUGUCUUGUUAGGUGCUGAAGUUUUUGAAGGAGGAAGUGAUUCCACUGCUUACUCCCUACCAGAGCAAGAUGGAUGUGAAGAUUGAAUUGGACCUGUGAAAUGUGUUAAUCAGAAAUAUUUAUUUUGGAAAUAAACUGAUGGAUUUCAAUGCUUUGUUUGAAGAUUUUGUUUUCUGAAGUCAUGCCUUCUGCUCUUACAGAAAAAAAAAAAAAAAUCCCUACAGACAUGUGACUUUGGUACUACCGAAGAGUACAAUGGUUUGAUGUCCAAGUUCUGAACUAGAAGUAGUCCAAUGGUUUCUUUUGAAAUAUGUCACAGGAUAUAUGUGUAAAAGAAUAAGUAUUACCCACAUUGUAGUAUAAAUAAUUUUAAUUUAAAAUAGCAUUGGUUCUUGAAUUCUAAUGUUCACAAUAAAUGGGUACAUUUUCCCCAUACAUGUAAAUGGUUG